AUGUCUUUUGACAAUUGCUACGAUCAGUGCCAUGCAGCACUGACUAAGGAGAACAAAUUCGACGAGGAGACCAAGCAGUUCACGUGUUACAAGAAGUGCAUGCGAUAUCGGACAAAAGAAGAGAAAGCACGCGAUCGAAAAGCAAUGAAUGCAUUAGCAAACCUUGUAGCGAAGUUUCAGCGAAUGUUAAAUUCGGCAAACUGA